AGUCACACAACAGACAGUGAGGGAAGCGCCCGCGUCGCAUGGCAGAUACAACCGAAGAAAACUGCGUAUGGCCGAAAGGUACAACAAGAGUCCAACUAAGGCGUCUCCGUACGCUUUUUGGACACACAAUGUUUGGUUCAACAACGGCGACGGCAAUGAUGAAGAACCAAAAAAGAAUAAACAAGAUAUAAGUGAAACAAGUGACAAAAAACAAAAUGUUCAUCGUGAUAGUGAUUUUAGUGAAACAUCAAACGUUAAGACUGACGCCGGUCUUAUAGCAAACAAAGUCAAUUUCUACGUGGAAACAGAAACUGAUGAGGAUGAUGACGAAGAUGUCAGUAAAAGUGUUUGGGGUGACGUCGAUGACGAACUUUACAUAGCGAACGUUAUCCAAUCUAGGACUACAAAUGAAGUGAAAAGGGAUAUACGUGAUACUAGUGUUUAUGGUGAUAUCAGUGAGAAGGUUGUGAAUAGUGUUAAGUUAGAUGAUAGCGCGAUGUGGGAGAUAGAGCCCACGGAUCUGACUGAGUGCGACUGCCUUGGUCCACCUCCUGAAUUUCUGCUGCCGCCACCGCCGAGACCACCUUUUCUUCAGACUGAGUAUUAUUGUGGUGACGAUCCUAUACCGGAUCUGGAGACUUGUGACACGGAACCAAAGAUAGACGCUUACAACCACAGUGGACCGUCUCUCCAGACGUCAGCAGUUAUCGCCCUGUGCUCCAUAGUUCUAGUGCUGGGUAUCUUCAUAGGAGCUAUACUAGUUUGGAAACACAAGCGGAAAGUCACUAACUUACUGCCUUCAAAGUCUUCGGCUCCCAAUCAGAGUUCGGGAUCUCAAAGGAGAGCGCCUCCGCCAGCACCUCUAUACGAAGAUCUACAGGACCUACCUAGAAGACCUCCAUUACCGCUUAGGCCAGAACUGGAACCACAAUUAGAGAUGGUUGAAUCCAAGAGGCCAAACUGCCCAGGAAGAGUUUUUGUUUGUGGUGCUGGUGGAACUUGGCGAGGUGGAAAUUCGUGUGGUGGUGACACGUGUGGUGCUCCUCUUUACGAAGAACUACCGCACAGGUCCGAUGAUAGCCUCCACAGCGAUGACCACUUCGCAGAAGACGAGCUAAGCCUUGUUGGAGAAGCAGCUCCAUGUAGAACAUGUUCCAAACCGCCCACCCAUCAGUCCUUACCCCACAGACCGAGGCAUCAAAGAAUGGAUCGCCGUCCAAAAUCUCUAGAACGAAGGAAGGCACAACACAGAAUGCAAAGGCAUAUACAUCCACCGGAUCCGUCAGAAUUUCAUGAAGGAGUUUUACUUGAUGCGCUAUUGAGAUUGUACCCUCAAGUUGGUACAGUAGGGGCGAGACCUCGUGGUCCUUUACCAAUGGGAGCAGGAGGCGCAUGGCCUGGAGGAGAUUUGCCAGGAAUCGCCUGUUGGCGAGGUCCUAGAGCUUCUCCCAAGCCACCGAGUGGAGAUUCCUCAUUCGGAUCAGACUCUGGUUAUAGCAAUAAUACGUGUGGAACAUGUGGAACCAGAGCGUCAUCUAGACAUCGUUUAUCAGCAGAAAUUCCAAUGUCAUGAAUGUGUUCGACUGUUUUAGUGCUUAAAUGGGCAAGUGCCAUAACUUUUCUGUUGUGUGAGAAUGAAAAAUGGACAAUUGGAUUCACUGAACAGAAGUUAUUGUAAUCAUUGCAUUUAGUAGUUUACUUUCCUCGGCCUAACUUUUAGUGUGGCCAUAAUCUCAUUGCCUUCUAGUAAGUAUUGAAAUGAAUAAGAAAGUCUUCGCUCGACGACAUAUUAUGGACUACUUUUCUACUGUUAUGUACAUAUUCGAAUCUGUUGUCAUGUAGAAAAUUUGUCCCUUCCUUAGAAUUAGCCACGUUUUUGGUAACGACACAUUGUAAUUCUAAUUUCAUUAGCAGUUACACUAUGGUUUUGUAUAAUAUUCAUGUGACCAUAUUUUUAGGUAGUGAUUUAGCAGUUUCGUCCUAGUAAGUUAUUUCAAACUAGUCCUAAAAUUAUCACAUUACGACAUAUUGAAUUAUUAUUAUUAAAAAAAUCGACAUUAUGACUUCUCGUGUUGUCGUGAAAGAGUUUGUAAAUGAAUUUUCGAAUUUUGUAGAUAUUGUAAAAAAUAUAUUUAGUUAAAAUUAAUUACUUAAGUAAAACUAGUAAGUUGAAUUUUAUAAUCAUAUCACGUAAAAAUUACUCCACGAAUGCAUCAAUUUAAAUUUCGAAAUUAUUUCUUAUAAAAGAAUCUUUUAGAUCUUGUUUUAAUUUUACCACUGGUGCUAAACUAUGUAUUUAUUAUAACUAAUGACCUGUCUUAUCGGUAAGCGAUUCAUUUUCAACACACAAGGUAUUAAUUACUUACUUUUAUUUAUAAGCAAAAUGAUUGUGUAUUUCUAUUGCAAAUGUUUUGUAUUUUUUUUCUUUUUCGAUCUUCUUCCUUUUGUAUCUUUAAUGCAAGUACAUAGUAUUUUGUUGUCGAAACGUAUUGUUUUUGUUUUGUAUUGAUAUUAUCUAAGUGAUAUUUAUUAUUUUUUUACCAUUUGUUUAUAAUGUAAAAAGGUUUCAUCACAAAUAAUGAAAAUCAUGGACCGAUCGUCCUGUUUAUAUAUAUAUGAAAAGCACAAUAAAAUGAAAAAAUAAAUAAAUUUUU